CUCCAGGUCACAUGACUACACAGGAAGCCAUUUUACAACCCCAACGAGGUGGGCCAUGGAGUGCCCCGAGGGACAGCUCCCCAUUUCUUCAGAACAUGAUUCAACACCAACAGUUUCAACAUCGGAAGUAACUAGCCAACAAGAGCCCCAAAUUCCUGUCGACCGUGGGUCUGAAACCACCUAUGAAAGCAGCGCCGACAUUGCUGGCGACCAAGGCACCCAGAUUCCUGCCGACCAGGAUGCUCAAACGGAUGCGGACAGCAGUGCCCAGGCUGCUGCCCAGGCCCCAGAAAACUUCCAGGAAGGGAAAGACAUGAGUAAAAGCCAGGAUGAAGUUCCUGAUGAAGUUGAGAACCAGUUUAUAUUACGUCUGCCUCUGGAACACGCUUGUACUGUCAGGAACCUAGCACGUUCUCAAAGUGUCAAGAUGAAGGAUAAACUAAAAAUUGACUUCUUGCCUGAUGGGCGCCAUGCAGUUGUUGAAGUAGAAGAUGUCCCACUAGCCGCUAAGAUGGUUGACUUGCCUUGUGUUAUUGAAAGCCUGAGAACGUUUGAUAGAAAAACCUUUUAUAAAACAGCAGACAUUUCUCAGAUGCUUGUGUGCACUGCUGAUGGUGAUAUCCACCCUUCUCCAGAAGAACCAGCUGCCUCUACUGAUCCUAAUAUAGUCAGGAAAAAAGAAAGGGAGAGAGAGAAAAAAUAUGUCUGGAAGCAUGGCAUUACGCCACCACUUAAGAAUGUCAGAAAGAAAAGGUUCCGGAAAACACAAAAAAAGGUCCCUGAUGGCAAAGAAAUGGAAAAAAGCAGCUUUACUGAGUACAUUGAAUCUCCAGAUGUGGAAAAUGAAGUAAAGAGACUGCUGCGUUCAGAUGCUGAAGCCAUAAGUACCCGUUGGGAAGUCAUUGCUGAAGAUGGAACCAAGGAAAUAGAAAGUCAAGGCUCCAUCCCAGGAUUUGUGAUAUCCUCGGGAAUGAGCAGCCACAAGCUGGGUCAUACCUUGUCAGUAGAAUAUGAUAUGCUUCGGGAGAUGUUCAGUGAUUCUAGAAGUAACAAUGAUGAUGAUGAGGAUGAGGAUGAGGAUGAGGAUGAAGAUGAAGACAAAGAAGAGGAGGAGGAAGAUUGUUCUGAAGAGUAUCUGGAAAGGCAGCUGCAGGCCAAGUUUAUUGAAUCUGGCCAGUAUAGGGCAAAUGAAGGUACCAGUUCAAUAGUCAUGGAAAUUCAGAAGCAGAUUGAGAAAAAGGAGAAAAAGCUCCAUGAGAUUCAGAAUAAAGCACAAAGACAGAAGGAUCUCAUCAUGAAAGUGGAAAACCUGACACUCAAGAAUCAUUUUCACUCUGUGCUGGAGCAGCUUGAGUUACAGGAAAAACAAAAAAAUGAGAAGCUCAUUUCCCUACAGGAACAAUUGCAGCGUUUUCUGAAGAAGUGAGGAGAGCCAUUGGCCUGGCCCACAACCCUUGGAUUCACUAUCCAGACUGCAGACUGGAUGAAACUGUGCAUGUUUUUGUCCCUUCAGUUGCCUUAUGUUGAAUCAGUUAUAUUUAUCUGUACCUUCUUUGCUACUUAAAAUAUGCUCAAAGUUUGUAGUCAUGUAGAUAAGGCCAGUAUAAAAAUGUAGUAGACUUAGAGACCCCACUCGACCAUGAGACUUUCUCUUUGUCAAUUUGGGAAUUAUUAUUAUUAAUUUAGAAAUGGAGUCUUGUUAUGUUGCCCAGGCUGAAUUCAGACUCCUGGGCUUAAGGGAUCCUCCCGCCUCAGCCUCCUGAGUAGCUGGGACUACAGUUGUGCACCACCACACUAAACAAGAAUUAAUUAUAUUGCUUCUGUGCUAUGGUACCAGCAGAUGAUUCAGCCAUGCUUCCAAAGGCAAUGUAGCCUAGAGGCCAUACAGCUGUUUGGUUUGCAUAUGUUUUAGCUUUUCUUUUGGUUUUUAGUAUUUCCUAAAACAUAGGGGAAAAAACGAGGUCAUUUCUACUAAGCACUAGGACCUGCCAUAGUGAGUUUAAGUGCCUACCUUGCAGCAGUUAAUACUAGAUUGUGUUCUGUUUCUGUUCAGGUAACAGGGCUGCAUUCCUGCUCAAGGAUGAUUUCUUGCUGCUGCUUAUGUUCUGUUGUUUUUAGGAUGGAGCUGGUUGUUAUUCACCAACUAAGGGAACAGUUAGAGCAGAGAUGAAGAAAUUAUGAACUGUUAUCCUUAUUCUGAGCCUUCUCCUCCUAACCCCCAUCAGCUAAGGUUAGGAAGAACAAGAUGCCAUAAUGCCUAUGAAGACGUCUUUAACAAUCUUGUUUGGGUUUUUUUCUAGGUAUGUUAUUAGUGUUUUAUGGUCUAUGUUCUUUAAGCAAUAAAUAAAUUGUUCAUUUUAAA